AUGUCGUUGAGCUCCGCAACUUGCGGAUGGCGACUCCUUCUGCGAGAAUUUAGUAAAAGAAAGGUGCUCGGAAAUGUCAGAUCCGGUAGUGUCUUUGAUCUCAUCAUCCUGGAAAUAGAAAUCACGGAAGAGGCUGGUCCUUCAUCACUUACAGGCUCAGUGUCUAGCAGUGCCAUUUCUGAAGCAGGACAUUCUGGGGAAAAGGCGGUGCCACAGUGCACCUGUCCGGCAGUGGCUGUGCUGGGUGGCACCUCCGUGGCUGCGCAGAAUGUGGCCGGGCCACCCCAGCAUGCCCUGCAGCCAGUCGCAGCUGCCCCUCUACCACUGUCAUCAGAUUACAUUGCCACUGGAUCUAAGCAGCACAAAGGAGACUCAAAGGCUGCACAUACAGAACAAACCAUCACUGACGCUCAACAAAACAGCGGCACUAAGAAACCAGAGGAGCUAUCAACUUUGUGUCAUAAAGAAACUGUCUCAAGAGGACUGGUGUCAGCUUCUGCUAAAGAAUUGCAAAAGCUUUCAAAAACAUUGGGAGGUCAGACUUUCUCAGACAGACUGUUUGAAAGCAGGACGACAAUAAUUGCAAAAAAACAGGAUUCACUUUACGGGUGUAACACAGAGAAAAUAAGCCUUGCACACAGGGAGACUGAUAUGGCGGAGGGAUCCAGCACAGGCCUCUGCCAAGAUUGGAGCAAACAACUUGGAGAUGCAGGGGAUGUCUCUGUUGCUAAUGAGACUGAAAAGGGACCCUUGCCUCCAGAGACAAUCAAAUUGGAAUACAAGCCUGAUAUUAGUCUGGAGAAGAUGCCUGGAAAGCACACACCUGGAGAGAGCCCUUGUAUUCCAACAACUCAAGUCAUCCCAGCAGUCUCAAGUACAGUUAAGACAACAGACAGAGAUAUGCAUCAGACAUCAUUUGAGUUUAGUGUCCCACAGGAACAAAGUACGACAAAUUCAGCUAUGGCUUGUAAACUUGAUGACUCUAAGGAGACUAUGGAAGAUGUUCCAAAAGGUCUACCUAAAACAAAAGAAGGUGGCAUUUGUCCAGCUAAAAAAACAUCUGAGGGAACACAACAGGGUUUUAGUGGAAAUUCUCUCUGCUCAGGGUAUUCCUCCUCAAAGCAAGGAGGACCUUACUCUGCACAGCACAUUACCCCAGACAAUGGAAACAACUUGCCAAUCGACUCCAAUGAGGGUUAUCCUCCUGAGGACUGCAGUAAAAUAAAGCAGGGGUCUGAAUUGGUGUCUACUACAAAAAGAACCACCCUCCUUAAUGCAAGUCCACAGUUUAAAUCACCUAAUCUGCCCACCCUGCAUGAGAAUAUGAAGUCUGCACAAGAGCUAAGCUCUCAGCAAAUAAACUUAAGUGGAAUCCCCAAAACUUUUCAUUUAGGUAAAGAGACUGGUGCAAGGGAGGGAGAAGGCAAUGAUAACCUCCCUGUACAUGGAGAUCUGUGUUCUAAUUUGGUUGCUAAAGAUGUAUUUCAUGACAUUUCUGUUGAUGUACCAAAGCAGUCUGUGGAUGGGACUUGCACGAACAAUGUGCAAAUCCCCAUAGUGAAUGAAGGGUCACAUAUCAUGGUUUGUGGCUUGUCAGAUAUGAUUUUGAAACCGAAUGACAGUGCCAAGUGGAUAGAAAUAUCCAUGUCCUCAAAUCACCAACAGGAUGGGGGCAUUCCACUCGCCCACGCAGAGAACUUUGUAACUUUAGAGUCGCUAGAAUCAGAUCAGUCAAGCCCUUCUCAGGCCACCAUUGACUGUGUUGUCCAACAAGUGCAAGAGUCCAUUCCAGCAGAUAAUAAACUCUCACAGAUACAGAGAUGCCUGAAUGACACACCAGGUAUUGUGAAUGUGGAAGAGAGGCAGGAGAGUGCAGCGGCUCUGUCUGAAAUCAAUGCUGUUGAGAUGAAAGAUUUGACUGAUGUUGGAAUUUUAAUGCAGCCAGAAAUGGAGGAUACCUGGUUGGUUGUAAGCGAGAUCGAUAGGCAAUGCGAGGGCACAGAGCCCAGGGCAGAGUCUCUGGUGCAGUGCCCUGAAUCCCAGUCAACUGUUGCUGUAUAUGAGUGCAAUAUGCCCUGCUUUACCACAACUGCCGUACACGGUGAUUUUAAGCUACUGUUACCUGAAAAAGUAGAGGAAGAACUUGCAGUUAAACAAGUUCCUGAUCCAAUGGAAACAUUGACGCAAGAGUUCACACCACAGUUCUCUCAAGCCCAGAGUAAUCUAGACUCUCAGACCUCAUCUAACCCUAAUUCUCUAAAACCCACACAAGAGUUACCCACCAUGCCCACAAUAAUUAUCAAGGAAAAUGAAGAUUCAAGUCCCAAUAAUCUUGUAAACACAGUCACAGAGUUUACGCCCUCUCUGAUAGACAACACACUUGAUUCUGUGCCGCAAGAAUCUGUUGUGGUGGUGGAAAAUACACCAGGUGUGUCAUUAAUUUCAUUGUCUUGUGACACAAUUGAUCCAAAACUACUGAUUUUAAGAAAGGGUGACAACCCUUUCCUUAAGCCCCCUCCUUCCCUGUCUGCUAGGAUCUCAACUACACAGAACUCCCCUGUCCAGGCUGCUACCCCCAGUAAUGGAUCACAUAAAGCUUCAGAGUGCCUUGCUAAAACUAAUUCAACUGCAGACUCUCUGCAUGAUUUCACCUCCACCAUUAAGGCAGAUGCCACGUUACCUGCUAAACACCCUGUCUCAAACAUUCUCUCACAGUCUUCUCGGACUGUUCCCACAUCUAAUGUACUUUCAAAGAACAGCUCUGUUAAAGAAAACUUAAGUAAAUCAAAUUGUUCUCAAUGGUCAGACAAGAUGCUUCAGAAUGAAUCCUCUGCUAAUACUUCUUUAUUAAUAGUACAACUUCAUAACUCACAAAGCCGUCUUUCAUCCUCUGGAGAUGAGUGUGGUACUGUAUCCAGUGUUGACCCGGAGGGGAAUAUGACUGAACAAUCUCCAGCCAAUACACCAUGCCAAGACUCAACAUCUUUGGGGGGUGAACUGGAGUUGGAGCAGCAGCAGUCACCAGAUGAGCAUUUGUCAACAACACAAGAUGCUCAGCACGCUGUCCUGGAGCCACUUGAAGAAAGCAGUGAUGGUGAGGUUGACAGUUCCAUGGAGAUCCAGAAUGAUGAUAGCAAUGCUAUGUCCAGUCCAGCACCAAACAAGGUUUGCCAGUGGAUUGCAGGCAAGGUCACCGCAGGCUCUACUCCUUCCACUUCUCCCGUUCCAUGUCCAUCUCCAUCACCCUCAUCCAGUGACUGGAUACGUUCCCACUCAGACGGUGUCUCACCUGUACCAAGUUCUAAAAACACACCCUCCACUUCCUCCCAGGGUUCUGGUGGCUGUUCUCAGUCAGAGCAAACAACCACCCCCAAAUCUCGCUCAGAGAAGCACACAGACAUGGCAGAACUGGCAAAACAUGAAGCAGAAAUAGAACAUCGGACCCUUGCCCUAAAACGUGAUGGUUUCUGGUCCCUUAAACGUCUGUCUCGCUUAACAGAACCAGUACGCCCCAAAGUUCAGUGGGAUUACCUGUGUGAGGAAAUGCAGUGGCUUUCUGCAGACUUUGCACAAGAGAGACGAUGGAAAAGAGGAGUAGCCCGAAAAGUAGUACGGAUGGUAAUGCGCCAUCAUGAGGAGCUGAGGCAGAAGGAAGAGAGAGCAAAACGUGAGGAGCAGUCCAAACUGAGGCGAGUGGCUUCCUCAAUUGCCAAGGAGGUCCGCGCCUUCUGGAGCAGUGUCGAGAAGGUGGUCCAGUAUAAACAACAGUCCAGACUGGAGGAGAAGCGGAAGAAGGCCCUAGAUCUUCAGCUGGAUUUCAUUGUGGGUCAGACAGAGCGUUACUCUGAUUUAUUAAGUCAGUCCCUGCAGGCUGCUCCUGUUCACAGUUCGGAGAAUGCAGCUGUCACCGAACAAUCACAGUUGAGUGCUGUUGAAGAAGAUGACAGAGAUUUUGAGCCACCGUGUGAGGAGGAGGAUGAUGAAGAGACCAUAGAGGUUGAGGAGCAGCAAGAGGGAAAUGAUGCAGAGACACAGAGAAGAGAGAUAGAGUUACUGAGGCAAGAGGGCACUCUGCCUCUGGACCAGCUACUCAGUACUUUAACUCUCCCCCAGGAUGUUGAUUUAAAGGAAGAGGCCUCAGAUACUUCCUUCUCUACGGUUGAAGAUGAAGACAAGGAAUUCUGUGCAAAUGAAGAAGAUGCGGAAGAUGAAGAGGACACCAUUGCAGCCCAGGAAAAUAUUGAAGGAGAUGGAGAUCAUGCAGAGGAACUUGAUGACCUUGCUAGAGAGGGGGAAAUGAGCAUGGAAGAGCUGCUGGAGAAGUACAGAGGAGCAUAUGCCUCUGAUGUUGAGGAACCCUCAGCAUCACCAGAAUCCUCAGAUGAAUCAGAGGGCACUGAGGAGGAGGUGGAUGAAGAGACUGACGGAGAGGACAGCAUUGAUGAAAGCUGCUCCUCAGAUUCCCAAGCUGCUGUAGUUAGUGAUGAAGAAGAAGAGAAUGAGGUGCAGGAGAGUGACGAGGAUGAUGAUAAUGGGGGAGAGGGGAUGGAAGUUCUGCUGAGAGAGGGAGACCAUAGUCCCACUGUAACUACAUCUCCACGACCCAAGAAGGAGAUCAGCCACAUUGCUGCUACUGCUGAGAGCCUUCAACCUAAGGGAUAUACACUGGCAACAACAAAGGUCAAAACACCUAUUCCAUUCCUACUUUAUGGCACCCUGCGUGAGUACCAGCACAUUGGACUGGACUGGUUGGUCACCAUGAAUGAGAAAAAACUCAAUGGCAUUCUUGCAGAUGAAAUGGGUCUUGGCAAAACCAUUCAGACCAUUGCUCUGUUGGCUCAUCUAGCAUGUGUAAAAGGAAAUUGGGGUCCACAUCUGAUCAUUGUGCCCACCAGUGUAAUGCUCAACUGGGAGAUGGAGUUGAAACGUUGGUGUCCAGGAUUCAAAAUCCUCACAUACUAUGGCAGCCAGAAGGAGCGCAAACUCAAGAGACAAGGUUGGACCAAACCCAAUGCUUUCCAUGUAUGCAUUACAUCGUAUAAGCUGGUGUUGCAAGAUCAUCAGGCUUUUAGACGCAAGGCUUGGAGGUACCUAAUUCUGGAUGAAGCACAGAACAUCAAGAACUUUAAGUCCCAGCGCUGGCAAAGCCUGCUCAACUUUAACAGUCAGAGGCGCUUGUUACUCACAGGAACACCUCUUCAGAACAGUCUAAUGGAACUGUGGUCUCUUAUGCACUUCCUAAUGCCGCACGUCUUUCAGUCCCAUCGUGAGUUCAAGGAGUGGUUCUCCAACCCACUGACUGGUAUGAUUGAAGGAAGCCAGGAGUACAAUGAGGGCUUGGUCAAACGGCUUCAUAAGGUGUUAAGACCCUUUCUGCUGCGCAGAAUCAAAGUAGAUGUGGAGAAACAAAUGCCCAAAAAAUAUGAGCAUGUUGUGCGCUGUCGACUCUCCAAAAGACAGCGUUUUCUCUACGAUGACUUCAUGGCCCAGGCCUCGACACGAGAGACUCUGGCUAGUGGCCAUUUCAUGUCUGUGAUCAACAUCCUAAUGCAGCUGCGGAAAGUGUGCAAUCACCCCAACCUGUUUGAUCCAAGGCCCAUACAAUCUCCCUUCAUCACAAAGCCCAUCAUCUAUUCUACUGCCUCACUGGUUCAAGAGGCCCUUGAAACCUCACCUUUUGAACGCUGUGAUUUGUCCUUGUUUGACUUGGUUGGUCUGGAGCGACGUGUAUCUAGAUACCAGGCAGAUGUUUUCUUGCCUCAGAGGAAAGUGACACAUCAGCUUAUUCAGGAAAUUAUGGAUUCUCCUGAUCCUCCACCCAGACCAAAGCCUGUUCGCAUGAAAGUCAACAGGAUGCUUCAACCUCUUCCUAAAUCUGAUGGGCGCUCCACAGUGAACAGUCCAUGGCCCUCAUGUCCCACCACCACUGCGGUUCAGACUCCAAAGCCACCUCUAAUCACAGAGGUCACCACUUCCCAGGCUCCCUCCCAGCCAUCCCCUCAAGUGUGCCCUGUUACUCCUGUCACUGCUCUGAGAGCUCCAGUAGGUCCUAGCACUGUCCCCGCCAGUGCUGCAAUCAGGCCUCCAGCCCCCCACCCAGUGACUAUACGCCCCUCAGCACCCUCCAGCAUCACAGCUGUGGCCACUACCCCUCAGCCAGCAAGCAACCUCAUGACUCAAAGGGUUCUGCUCAGCCCAGACAUGCAAGCUCGGUUGCCAUCUGGAGAGGUGGUGAGUAUUGCUCAGCUGGCAUCUUUGGCCGGUCGGCCAGUGUCGUCCUGUCAGGGCAGUAAACCAGUCACCUUCCAGCUUCAGGGCAACAAGCUCACACUUUCUGGGACUCAGCUGCACCAAGUCCCUGUGCCCCAACCACGUCCCAUCCAAGGAAAUGUAAUGCAUCUGGUUUCCAGUAGUGGGCAGCACCACCUUAUUAGUCAGUCAGCUCAGGUGGCAGUUCUUCACACUGUUAGUCAGUCAGGUAGCAGCUCAGCAAUUCCCCACCCAGCCAGCACAACCCCAUCCUGCUCUGGAAUAGCAGUACCUUUCACCGCUACUCAAGUCCCAUCAUCCAUGGUAAGUGGACCCGGAAUUGUAAAGAUUGUUGUUCGUCAGGCAGCAAGUAAAGAAGGAGGGUCGGUCCCCACUCUGGCUGUGCCUCCUUCUCCUCGUCCUGCUCCUCCUCAGUCAGUCACCCUUCGUCCACAUGGCACCCCAAGCCCUGUUCUUAGAUCACCUACUUCACAGCCCCCACAACGGCCUCCAGUUUAUGCUGCUCCACCCCGAACUGUUGCUUCCUCUCAGACACCACCCACUCGCCCUGUGUUGAGAGUGGUACAGGGACCAGCUACAAAAACAGAACCAGUAUCGAAGGUGAAUUCAUCAUCAGGACACGAGGACCGUGGUAGUGAUGUUAUUACUUUGUGCAUGAGCACUCCUAAGCCUGCAUCCACACCUCAGAGCAGUGGGUCACCAUCUCAGCGUCCCCGCAUUCAGCCGCCACCUCCACCACUAUCCCCCUUCUACAUGUCAUGGCUUGCAGACAGCCGAAAGGCUCAACGAGAUAGCAGAAUCUCUCAAAUCAUCCGCAUCAAUGAGCUGCAUUGCAGUGCUAAGCCUGUGUAUGGCCGUGAGGUGCUGGACUUCCUAACUUUCAUCCCAGGCCCUUGUCAAUCCCCAGCACGUCCUGUUCUGGACAACUGGACUUACUGUGGUUACAGCUCCUGCCUCACUGCUCAAUCACACCAUCACAAAGAUUACCUGGAAAAGAGUGAAGUCCUGAAAGAAGCCAUCCAUAACUCGGAUGAGAGACUUAAACAUCUCUCUGAGGUCAUGGACAGGUUCACUUUUAUCAUUCCUCCAGUGGAGGCAAAACCUAUCACCAUGCACAGCUGCCACCCACCUCCAUCCCUCAGACAUCAGCAGACUGUAUUCUCCUCCUUUCUAUCUUCCCAUCUGUCCCCACUCACACAUACGCUCCACCGCAUCCAGUGUAACAUGAGGACACAUUUCCCUGAUUUAAGGCUUAUUCAGUAUGACUGUGGUAAGCUGCAGACACUCCACCUCCUGCUUAGAAAGUUGAAAGCAGGAGGGCACAGAGUCCUCAUCUUCACUCAAAUGACGCGCAUGCUCGAUAUACUUGAGCAGUUCCUCAACUACCAUGGACACAUCUACCUACGGUUGGAUGGGAGUACACGUGUAGAGCAGAGACAGGCCCUUAUGGAGCGCUUCAAUGCAGACCGUCGCAUAUUCUGCUUCAUCCUGUCCACCCGCAGUGGAGGUGUGGGUGUUAACCUGACUGGAGCGGAUACAGUGGUGUUUUAUGACAGUGAUUGGAACCCAACCAUGGAUGCCCAGGCUCAGGACCGGUGCCACAGAAUUGGACAGACUAGAGAUGUCCACAUCUACAGGCUAAUCAGUGAACGUACAGUUGAAGAAAAUAUUUUGAAAAAAGCCAAUCAAAAGAGGAUGCUUGGAGACAUGGCUAUUGAAGGUGGAAACUUCACCACAGCCUUUUUUAAGGAGCAAACUAUUAGAGAGUUGUUUGAUUUAUCAGACGGAGAAAGGAAAGAGGCUGAGUUAAGUGUGCCUCAGUCAGAUGAUGAUGAGUCCAUUAAUAAACAACAAACCACCAUUUUGGAACAGGCCCUGUGUCGAGCUGAGGAUGAAGAGGAUAUAGUGGCUGCAUCACAAGCCAAGGCUGAGCAGGUAGCUGAGCUUGCAGAGUUUAAUGAGAAUAUUCCCCUGGAUGAUGGUGACAGCAGAGACCAGGAAGAGGAGGAGCUCUCCAAGGCUGAGCAGGAAAUCGCUGCCCUAGUUGAACAGCUCACUCCCAUAGAGCGAUAUGCCAUGAAUUUCCUUGAGGCUUCCCUUGAAGACAUUUGCAAAGAGGAGCUGAAGCAGGCAGAGGAGCAGGUUGAGGCUGCAAGGAAAGGUUUGGAUCAGGCAAAGGAAGAAGGUUUGAAACUGCAUCAGUCUUCUGACAGUGAAGAAGAGGAUUCAAUAACUCCAAGUAAUGAGGAACCAACUCCUUCCCGCCGCCCUCGCAAACACAAAGAGAAAGGUGCUCCUUCUACAAGGGUCAGCGGAAGGCUUAGAGGGGCACCUGCGGAUGAAAUGUCCCUUGCACAGCCAUCCCCAGAUAGGGAGAGAGGCAAAAAAGGUCCAUGGGUUAACUCCGAGGAUAGUAUGAAUGAAACCCCAGGGCUCAGCUCUGCACACAUGUCACUCCUAGAAAGAGAAGUGCCUGAGAAGCUUCGCUGUGGUCUGCGAGGGCGAGGGGCAACCAAAGAAUCUGUGUCCCCUACAACAUCAGUAAACCAGAAAGUUCAAACCAACCAGCAGCUCUCAGAUUCAGCAACAUUGUCCCCUGCAAUGCAAGUUUCAGACCCAAAAAUCUGUGUGCCACCCUCCCCCCUGCUGCCAGUCUCCCCAUCAAGCUCUGUGCCUUCAGCUUCUUUAUCUACUGCAAUGGACAGAAACUCAAGUGGGCACCAGUCUUCAUUAUCUGCAGCAUGCAGAGAUGACAGUGAAGAGCAUGGGGGAGAGGCACUGUCUGACACUGCUCAAUAUAGUAGAGGAGAUAGAAGAAUAUCUGCAUCAUCAGAUUCCAUCUGUUCCCCUGAGCAUCAAUCUGAACAGGAUGGUCAGCUUUCCCUUUCUCCUACUCUGGCAUCACCUAGCUCUCGCUUGGGACGAAAGCGACAGUCUGCUGAAAGCGAGAUCCUCAGGAGCCUUCCAGAAGAUUCUCCAUCAGCCAAGGUCCUUCGGAAACUUCCAGGUCGCUUAGUCACAGUGGUUGAAGAGAAAGAGCCAAAGCGGAGAAAGAGGGGAGUGAGUGGAAGUGGAGGAGCACAUACUGAGGGUUCAUCAGAGGAGAUUGAACAACCUGAGGCAGUUACAGACCCAGGCUCUCACUCUUAUGAUGGGGCAAGUCAAAAUGUUAAAGACUCUCCUCCCAAAACAAUACCCACAUCCUUGGCUUCCUCCCCAACACCACAAGACCAAGAACAGGUUUCCUCUCCAUCACCGUCUAGUACAGGGAGAGGGCACCACCCCUGUUUCCCAACACACCAUUCGCCAGACAUGCCUGUUCUGCGAAACUUACCAGUGCGUCGGAGGCUAGAGACAGAGUCUCGAAUGGCUGCACAGUUAGGAGAGCAGUUUGUAGGAAGAGGUAGAGGGGUGGAUAAAAGAUCUGCCUUAUCACCAAAGAAACAAGAAAAUAAUUUAGACAAGGACAGUGUUGCAAGUACCACUGUUCAAAGUGACUCAAAUGUGAUCAAUCCUAUACCUGUGAAGCGCAAGAGGGGAAGACCUCCUAAAACACCCCCAAUGGCACCAGAACUGCCAGAUCAGAAUAUAACCAUAACCCAGAAAACAAGUCCUGAACAGAGUCCACCUCACUCACCAAAACGGAAAAGGGGUCGUCCCCGUAAAGAUUCCACCUCAAGUAUAGCAGCAACUUGUAGUGCUGAAGAACCACUAGACACAGUUACAAGCUCGUCUCCAACUUCAAGUUUUACUAGCGCUCCAUCCCAAGAGCCUAACUUGUCAACAUCCAAUGUUAUACCUGCUAUUUUGCCCACUGACAUCAAAGCUCUACCAAUAAGCUCUCCAACUGUCAACCCCACUUCACCCUCAAAAGCUGCUGAAUUGUCAUCACCUCAACUAGAUUCCCAAACUAACCAAUCCACUACAUGUGUUUUACUAUCAUGUGUGCACAGGGACUCUCAAAAUAAUGCCCAAUGUACAUCAGAACUGUCUCAUAGUGAUACUUACACCAGUCUGAGACCCAUAACUGCAUGCACUGACUCUCAAACAAGUACAGUUAAAACUCCACACAGCACUUCUACAGCAAGUGUCUCUCAGGCCAGUACAGCUUCCUCCCAUACACUACAGCUUCCAAGUCCUCACCAAGAGCCUUCAGCUAAUAUAGUCCCCAACCAUGCCCAACAACAUACCCUUACUACCGUAUCUGUACACUCUCUGACCAAUAAAAUUCCUGCACCUUCUGAAAUUUUAACUAUCUCAGGCGCAGAUGUAGAAGUUGAACAAAAUUCAUUUGCCGCUAAUCAGAGAAUGGGUCAUUUGCAGCACUCAAAUACAUCAACUCAAGUGUCUUCAAAAUCUUUAGAAGUUACUAAUAUGACUGCAGACUCUACACAGGCCUCUAUAGAAUCCAUCUGUAAUACAGCUGUAUCUUCUGCUGCCUCACAUCAAACAUCCACCCAGCCAAUUCCUGUACAUGCUUUGACUUCUGAGACUGAUCCUGAAUCUUCUUCAUUUAAGACAGUUGUUCCAGAACCCUCCGUUAAACCUACUGUGUCAAUGGUUGUCCAGCAGUCCACACCUAAACCUGAUCAAACAUCUGUACCUCCCUCACAACCUCAAACUACACUAAUCCAAACAGCAAAAUACUCUACACAUUCUUCACUCACAUCACACAAAAAGCCUUCCAAUUUUGUGAAAUCCCCAUCUGCCCCCAAUCAGACAACAACAGAUUCUCUGCCCAAAUCUCACUAUAGAAAUGCAGAUUCUUCUCAACCCCAAAACAUGCCAAUGAAGAAUGUGACUGAUAGUCAUGAAGGCCAAAAGGAGGAGGUAGUAACAGAGGAAAUGAACUGUAUUUGUGAGGAUGAUGCAGGAAAAAAAGACAUCUUGUGUCAGCCAAAAAGAAGGAAAAUGGAUGUCUCCUCAGUCUCCGCUAUUGAGAUCCAUGUUGCGCCUAAGACUGAUGAACCUGAUAAGCCAUCAGAGGAGGACAGUCCUAGAGAAGACAAAGAGACUAGAACUUUGGCCAAAAAACAAAGCAUCAGUAGGCAAAGCAGUCAGGAGUCAGUCUGUUCCUCUUCCCCAUCUUCUGUAUCUUCCUGUGGCACAAGAUCAUCUCGAUCCAAAAAGGCUGGAGAGGUCAUGACGCCUGCAAAAAGGAAACAGGAGGAUAUCAAUUCUGGAAAUGAGAAAACUGUGAAAGGUUCUGCCCAAAAACACCAGUCCAACUCUUCCUCCUCUUCUUCAGACUCUGAGGACUCUAGCAGAAAUAGAUGUCUAACAAGAUCAGCCCAAAAGAAACUGGAGAAAGAUGUGAGAAUUACAAAAAAUAAUGAGAGCAAGAGACAAAAGGUGAGGUCAGACAUGAAGGGUCAAACCACCAAUACAACCGAACUGGAUUCCAGUGGUGAAACCAAUUCAAGGGUAACCCGGAAAUCCACAGUUCCACAGUCUGUCUCUCAGUCCAGCACUUUAACCUCCCCUGAAACUGAGGUACUGGGAAAACGCUGUUCAGCCCUUAAUGCUGCAGCCAAACUUGUGGCCAUGAGGGGAAGAGGACCAGAUACACCCAAUCCCAGCCCCAAAAUUAAGGCUACUGGACAGCAAAGCAGGCCACUUCUCUCUGAAAAGAGCAGUAAACCCAAGAGCAAUACAGGGCAGGACUCUCCCAAGACAUGUAACAGUAAAACAGAGAGUGGCAGACAAACUCCCAAUCAGUCAUCUGAAAUACCUCAGUCCUCUUCUGCUGCCCGAUCCACUCGGCAGCGACCGGGCAGCCUUGUACCUCCUUUGGAAACUGAAAGAGUUAAAAAAGAGGAGAAGAAAAAGAGAUCUGAUCUGAAGGAGGAAGGUGAUGAUGAAAAUAGAGAGACCAGGUCUUCAAGAGGUCAUAGUGCCUGUAGUAGUGUAAGCACUGAAAGAGGAGCAGGCAGCAGCAGAAGUCGGAGCAGCAGCAACAGCAGCCAGCGCACCUACAGUCUGAGCUCACAGAGUACAGAGCCCUCCCGCUCCCGUUCCAGAGCACCUUCCUCUGGUAGUGAUACAGAGAGAGCCAAAAGUAUUCGGGGGAAGAAUGGCAGAGGCAGGGAGAGCAGGAGAGAGAAGAGGUCCCAGAAACAUGACAAAACUGAACUGAGUGCUGGGUCAAGUGAUGGGACUCCUGACAGGGUUCUCAGGAGUGUAGCUGCAUUGGCAGCAGCUCAGGCACGUACUCCUGCUAGUAACACACGCUCUUCAUCCUCUCAACACCGGCACUCUAAGACAUGAUAGGCAGAGGAGAAAUUAUCUCUAGUUGUAAACAAGGAAUUAGAUGAGAUCUCCUGAGAGGAGAGAAAGCAGAUUUUAUGGAUUCAUGUAAAGGGGAUCAAGGAAAGUCCAUGGUUUAGCUGUAUGAGAGAAGACCGAAGAGAAAAAAAAAAGAUCUAUUGCACAUUGUGGUUUGAUCUGACCUUGCCUUUUAUGCCCUCUCAGCUAUCUUAAGCCAUUUACAAUGUAGAAAAGGGUCUAUAGAAGCAGAACAAUGAUGAUGGAGAUUUUGCCACUUAUUUAAAAAUGUGUUCUAACAAUUUGAGUUAAACAAGAUAUUUCACCCUACUACAAAGACUUUGGAAUUUCAAAGUAGCUUGGCCAGAGGCAAGAUUUAUUAUUUGUUCACACUAUGUACUGUAAUCAUAAAAACCGAAAGACUGGAAUACUAUGUAAAGUAUGUAUUAGAUUAGUCGCAUAGAUUGUACACUUUUUACAGAGUUUACAAGUGCUGCAAACAGUAUUGAUGGGGAAGAAAUUGAUUAAUGCUACAUUUAACAAUUUAGUGGGGAUUGUAAAAUUUUAAAGUUUUUAGACUGUUGAGUUCUGGAAAAUGUUUGUCAGCUGUUUUUGACUAUUGCUUGUUUCAAGUCAGUUGAUAAAUUAAGAAAAUUCUAUAUCUUCCAGGGUAUGAAGAAGAGGGUAGGUCUAUAAAGGUGUUUUUGUUCUGCACUAUGCUGGAGUUUCUAUUUGCUUGGGUCACCUGUAUUGUAAUGUCUCAGUCCAUUACUUUUAAAUUCUGCUGCUGCCUGCUUUUUCCCCAUUUGCACAUCUGAAAUAUCUCAGACGGUGGAGUGUAUUGUGAUUUUUGGUGAUUUUUUUUUUUUAUUUUUAUUUUUUGGUGAUUUUUCUUUUCUUUCAGAACAUCAACUUGUCAGUACAUCUUUACUGGUACCUCACGCUGCAUUCUGUAAGCUCUGUGUUUCUCUUGAGCUUGUGAUUAAUAUUGAAAUUUGCUUGUCAUUUGCUUUAUUAGCAGUACAGAAAUGGGAGACAGCCUCUUACUAUUUUUCGUCACUUUUCCAAAGUGUUAGUCAUUAUGAUCAUCUUUACACAUUAAAUUGUAUUGUCAAAGAACAGAAUCUAAAAUUAGUUUGAUAAAAUGAGAGUGCCUGUUGAUCCAUACAAGGAUCCAUGUUAACGUAUAGAGGAUUGGGCAUCUGUAGUGCUUUUAUGUGUAAUAAGCUUUCCCAUCCUUCAUCAUAAAAACUCAUUUCUUGUUUAUGUGCAACCAAAACUGAAAUCAGAUAUUCAGUGAAAAUUGCUACUGUUAGCCAUUUUUAUUUCUGGAGUAUUGGUCAUUUUAUGAAGGGACUGAUUCUGGGUGGGAAUGAGACACCUGAAAGAACCUCUUAGAUUGUUUUUUUUUUGUUUGUUUGUUUUUUUUGGCUGAACAUUAGCAGUCAAGUGAGUUUGUAAGAUAGCUUCCUUUGCCCUUUUUGGACAGAGAGAUGUUUGGAGGGUAUUAGAAGAAUAUGGUGACGGUCUUAUUUUCAUUUUGAUUUGUCUACUCUAAUUUGUUACAUUCCUUAUGUUCCCUUGUAAUUCCACAUUGUUUUACUUGAAAGAUUGAAACAAAAAUGUAAGUUGAAUAAAAAGACCAAAAAUAUACAA